AUGUUGCUUGUCAGUAGAGGCACGCACAUGGAAGUGGACGGCCUAGACGAUCUCAACUGCAUUUCCGACGGACCGCCCGUCGGUACGUUAUUGGCUCUCCACGACCCUAGCCGACUGCGGAUGCCCAGCCGCGAUGCCACUGACGUUGCCGGCUGGCUACUGACGGCGCAAGCUGCGGACAACAACUCUGUCAUGGGCCAAAACACGACGCCCCUUGGCCACGUCUUGCGCAGUAGGCCAGUCAGACUGGCACAAUCGGCUUCUCAUUCAGAGGCGAACCAGUACGGCCGUUUCUCCAGCCAGCCUGAGUACACCCUGCUUCACGGGCCCGCAGAGCCUGCAAGGACGUGA